UUUUGUUCUCAAGAAUUCCAUUUCAGCGCACGUGCUAUCACUUAACUUGUUGUCUGAUCUCUUUACUUUACGUCUUCGAUGAUUACAGUUCAAUCAAAGAAAAUGCUGAGAGCAUUUUUGGUGGUUUCCAUUGUCAUUGCACCUUUAGCAUUGGGAUGGCCUACUGGUGCACCAGCAAAAGCAUGUGAAGCUAUGCUGCCUAAGCACGGAAGUAACAGACCUCAACCAGCACAUUUGUCUCCAUUCUCUUUUGUUCAGUCUACAGAUUCUUACAGACCUGGUGACCAAGUAAUAGUGUAUGUACAAGCACCAACUGGCACUCCAUUCAAAGGCAUGAUGGUUCAAGCUUAUGAUCCAAGAACCAACAACACAAUUGGGGAGUUCCUUGAAGGAGUCGGGUUGAAAAAAAUUUCAGAGUGUGCCAGCAUGUCACACAGUGACAACAGAGAUAAGAAAUCUGCUACCCUUGUUUGGGUAGCGCCUCAAGAAUCAGGAAAUGUUCGAUUCAGAGCCACAAUUGUUCAACAAUUCAACACAUUUUAUCACGGACUCCAAGCUACUGUUCAAAAAGCUUAAUUAAGGACGAAAAGGAGAGAAGACAUUUCUUGUGGUAUCAAAACCUGCAUUUGUAUCGCUCAUAUACACAUUUUAACUGAAUGCUCAUCUGAUAAUAGCGCACGAUGAAAGAAGUGGGCACGUAUUACUGCAGCAACGAAGUUUAUCAACCCAUACCGAAAGCUGUGCAAAAAUAAGAGCUAUUAAUUUGAAGACUAUCAUAGUUCUUACUUUUGUAUAUAGUUCUGCAUCAAUAACUAGUCGUUGAAUUAUAAUUUUUUAAGCUAUUUUAAAAGUUUAUGAAGAAAAGAUGAAACGAAACAUUUUAUUUAGUUAAAAAACUUGAGGUCGUGGAAAAAAUCACAUCAUCAUAGGAACGCUUUGUAUUCCUUAUAAGAUUGAUUGUGUUGAACGUAAAAUAUUAUUAUAACAUUUAAUAGUACUUUGUAAAUUGAAUAUAAAGGAACUUGUACCACAGUAUGUCCCUACGUAAUUGUCACGUCUUUACUAAAAAGAAAGGUCAAAAAUAUUUUAGUUUGAAAAACAAAGCAUCUUUUUCGUUUAAUGGAGAUAUUUUUUCUACUACGUAUUAAUUUCAUAUUAAAUUCCAUUAGCAACGAUUUCGUUUCAUCUCGAGUUUUUAAAUCUGCUAACAAUCCGUUCAUACUAUAAUAAAACUACACAUGAUCAAAGUGUAUUAAAGCGUAAGAUAAAGUAUUAUGUGCCUUAAAUCCAAAAUUAAUAGUUACAACAUUCAUUUCUUUCACGCACGUUAUUUUAAAUCAUUACAAAAAAAAGAGAAUGUAAUUUUUUUUUCUCACGUGCCCUGUUAGAAGAUCAUUUGAAGU